AUGGAUGAGCCAGGAGAUAUGUAUGAGCUAUUCUCAUGCUGUGAGAAAUAUAUCAAUUUGGUCGAGGUUCUUGCGGCGGAGAAGGAAGACAAAUCCGAGAAGAAGCUCCAAGAAAAGAAGGACGAGUCAGUCCGUGAGGCUGGUUUAAAGUGCAGCCGAGAUGACAAAGAUAGUAGAAGAAAGAAAGAUGAAAGAAAAGCCUGGGUUCCCAAAACAGAGUUAGAACCAAUCUAUACAGCCCUUACUUAUACCCGAGCUCAUAUCCUGAAUGAGAUAAAAGACCAGGUGACCUUGCGCUGGCCUGCCAAGAUGGUGAAGCCAGCACAUGAACGUAAUAAGAAUAAAUAUUGCCGGUUUCACCAGGACCAUGGCCAUGACACCAAAGAAUGCCGACAAUUGAAGGAUGAGAUUGAGGCCUUUAUUCAAAGGGGACGCCUGGGAAGGUUUGUCAAGAAGGAAGGAAAUGACAGAAGACCAGAUUACCGUGCUCGGGAGCCUAAGGAAAGACCAAGAUCCCCAGCCAAGGCCAAUAAGGAAGAACAACCUCAAGAUAAAAGAAGGAGGAUGGAUCAGCCCAUAACCUUUUCUGAUGAAGAUUUAGCUAACAUCCAAUUUUCUCAUGACGAUGCACUGGUGAUCAAGAUGUUCAUCGCCAACUAUGUGGUAGGAAGAAUCCUUGUGGACAGCGGGAGUUCGGUUGACAUCUUAUACUAUGAUGCCUUCAAGAAAAUGCUUUUAAAACCUGAGAUGCUAAAGAGAGUAGAAUCCCCCUUGUACGGAUUCAAUAGGGCUCCUAUUCAGGUCAAAGGGUCAAUUGAGUUGCUCGUGACAGUGGGAAUGGAGCCUAAGCUGGCAACGGUUAAGAUGAACUUUCUGGUGGUGAAAGUAAAUUCCUCGCAUAAUGGAAUAUUGGGCCGGCUAGGACUCAACACAGUACAGGUGGUGGUUUCUACUCCACACCUAAUGAUGAAGUUCCCAACUGACCAUGGGAUAGGAGAGUGUUAG